UUAUUUACUAUUAAACUUCCUUUCUUACGUUAGGGUUGCCGCAAUAGCUUUUGGCAGCACUGGCAUCAACAAUAGUUUGGCAAUUUUUUACGGCCCUCGAAACCGAAUAGUACCGAAAUUUAUUAGGGAUAAAAUGUUUGAUAGAAUCAUUACAUCAAAUAAAGAAAAAUUGACAAGUAAAAUUAGAGACUUGAGAAACAGAUAUAAAACCAGCUUAACACUGUCAUCACAAAUUAUACAAAAUGAAAGUGGCUGGAUUAUUUCAUCAGAAAACAAUUUAGAUUUGUAUACCAUACAAAAAGUGAUCAGUGAGGGUAACUGUGAAUUGAAGUGUACUGAAUGUAAUGUAUGCAUACACACAUAUAUGUGCACAUGUAUAGAUACUUCAAUUAAGUGGAAUAUGUGUAAGCAUAUUCAUUAUUUAUGCCAGAUGCAGAAAAACAGUCCAGCAGAUACAGUUCAUGAUUUCUGUAAUGAUCCUUCAUUGAUAAUAGACGACACAAAUGAUAUAGUAAUAGUAAAUGAAUUAAUGCAAAGUACAUCACAAACUUUGACAUUAGCAGAAAGAAAAAUAGCACUGCUGAAUAAAUUUACAAGCUUACUAAACUCAAUAACAACACCUAAUGAAGUAACUAAAAUGGAGAAAAUUUAUAAAUCUGCAAUAAAUACGAGUAUACCACACUUUGAACCUCCAACUGUAAACAUACCAGCUAAUAAAAAAAUUGUACAGCAAAGAACCUUUAAACAAACAAAAAGAAGAAAAAUAAUGAAAAAUUUAAUUCGGACAUCAGUACAAAAUUUUCCUCUCACAGUUAUGAUAAAUAACAAGACAAAUAUUCAGGGGCAACAUUCUUCUUAAAAUUUUCAUUGUUUAAAAAUUACAUUAUAUUGAAAAUUCAUUUGAUGACCUAUGUCUUAGUAAAAUUAACUUAUAUUAAUUUUACUAUUACUUUACAUGUACAGGACUCUGGUAUU